GGGCUCCGAGCGGCGAUGCCCAGGGACCGCCCGGUGCAGCCGCCGGGCCCGUGGCCCGGCCGCCAUGACCCGGGGAGGCUCCAGGAGGCAGAGCCGCCCCCGCCGAGCCCUCCCGGCCGCUCCGGAGGGAGGCGGGGGAUCGACCCCGCUCCCCACGCGGGCCGCGGGGCGGGCCGAGGCGGCGGGCGGCACCUCGGGGCCGCGGCUCUCGCCGGGAGGGGCCCGCCGGGAGCAGCGAGGGCGGGCUGCCGGGGCGGAGCGGGAGCCGAGAUGGGGGCCGGGGCGCUGGCCGUACGCCAAAGCAAAACGGCUGUGAGAUUGAAGGAGGACAUGAAAAAGAUAGCUGUGCUUCCACUGAACAAGCAGAGGGACUCAACUUGUCCAAAGGUGUUUGGUGUGAGUCUUCUGGAGCUCCAGCAGCAGGGACUGAGCAAAAACGGUAUCCCAAUAGUUGUGUGGAAUAUAGUCGAGUACCUCACUCAACAUGGUAUGACGCAGGAAGGUCUCUUCAGAGUAAAUGGCAGCAUGAAAAUGGUGGAGCAGUUGCGUCUGCAGUACGAACGUGGAGAAGAAGUGGAACUUGUUAAAGAUGGUGAUGUGUACUCAGCAGCCAGCCUGUUGAAAUUAUUUUUGAGAGAGUUGCCAGAUGGGAUUAUCACGUCUGCCUUACAUCCCAGGUUCAUUCAGCUUUACCAGGACACAAGAAACGACAUGCAGAAGGAAAGUUACUUGAAAGUACUCCUUAAAGAACUACCUGAGGCUCAUUACUGCCUGUUGAAGUACCUGUGCCAGUUCCUGAUAAAGGUUGCUGAGCAUCAUGUGGAGAACAGGAUGAACCUUUGCAACCUUGCCACUGUAUUUGGACCAAACUGCUUUCAUGUGCCCUCUGGAUUUGAAGGUAUAAAAGAACAGGAGAUCUGCAACAAGAUAAUGACAAAAAUGCUGGAAAAUUACAAUACCUUGUUUGAACUGGAAGGCUUGAAGAAGGAUGAAGAAAAGCCUGUAUGUGAAGAGCUAGCAAGAAUAAUUUUGGUAAAAAUGACCAAGUCCACAGUGGAACGAUCCAACCAAAUGUGCCUAGUGCCACAACCGGGCCGGUCAGAUGGAAUACCUCGGGUCAGCCUCCAAUUAACAGAUAGUGGUUCACGUGGGAAGGAGAUGGACUUAACAGAUGAAGUCUCCUUCACUAACAGUGAUGUGUUUUUCUCCAGCUCCCAAGAAGAUGAGCGGCCUAUGUCACCCUUCUAUGUGAGUGCCCAUGUAUCACAAGUCAGUAGCAACAUUCCUGCUACAGGAGAGUAUUUAGAGAAGACAAUCCGCUCAGCCGUGGAGCAGCAUCUUUUUGAUGUUCAUGGCUCAGGCAGCCAGAGUUCAGAGGACUCUGAAUCGGGAACAUCUUCAGCCUCUUCAAAUGUGUCUGCCAGGCAGAGGAGGCGGCACCACAAAGAGCAGGAGGAACCCCGGAGAAACAGAGACAUGGAAGUUGUCAACAAAGAAAACAUUCCCUCUGGAUUCAGCAAUCUUGAGGACUGUAUUCUAGCUGCUCAAGAAGUAGAAAAAUUACAAGACGCCAGCUCUGGAUAUCUCAGUGAAAGGAAUAAAUCAAAGCGGCAGAAAUCUAGCACCAGGCUUUCAGAGCUCAAUGACAACCAGGACAGUCCUGUGAGUAUGGAAAGCUUUAGCUCAUCCAAGCCUAUAGACAGAACAGGACCUGAUGACAUGGAAAUUUUAUCUGAAGAAAGCAAAGAAAGUGAAAACGAUGAGGUUUUUUUCAGGCAUUCUCAGCUGACUACAAGUAUGAAGAUUCAAGAGCAUCCAAGCAUGCCUGAAAACAAGUUGCAAAGAAAUCAAGAUGCUGAUGAUCAGGAAAACAGCUUUGUAUCUGAAGUGCCUCGGCUGGAUUUAACCUCACUGUGUGAUGACAACAACUGGGAAGAGCCCAUCCCUGCUCUUUCCUCAUGGCAGCGAGACGGCUUAGACUCAGAUGAGGCUCGCCUUUCCCCGCAGGCUGGGCGCUUAAUUCGCCAGCUGCUGGAUGAGGACAGCGAUCCUAUGCUGUCCCCUCGCUUCUAUGCCUAUGGACAGAGCCAGCAGUACCUGGAUGAUACAGAAGUGCCUCCUUCUCCUCCCAAUUCUCAUUCCUUCAUGAGGAGGCGGAGUUCAUCCUUGGGAUCUUAUGAAGAUGACAGAGAAGACCUUACCCCUGCACAACUCACCCGGAGGAUUCAGGGACUGAAGAAAAAGAUCAGGAGAUUUGAGGACAAAUUUGAAGAGGAGAGGAAAUACAGACCUUCCCACAGUGACAAAGCAGCCAACCCCGAAGUGCUCAAAUGGACAAAUGAUUUGGCCAAAUUCCGAAAGCAGCUUAAAGAGUCAAAACUGAAGAUAUCGGAGGAAGACCUUGGCCCUGUUGUGCGUCAGCGAAGCAACACGCUUCCCAAGAGCUUCGGCUCUCAGCUGGAAAAGGAUGAUGACAAGAAGCAAGACCUGUCAGAUAAAUCUGCCAAGCCUGCUGUGGAAGUAACCCUUGACUCUAUCCAGAAGAAGCUUCAAGAAAAACGAGCAGAGACAAAUCGACCUGAAGAUAUUAAGGACAUGACAAGAGAUCAGAUAGCAGCUGAAAAAGUGGCUCUUCAAAAAGCUUUGCUGUAUUAUGAAGGCAUUCAUGGCAGACCGGUUACCAAAAAUGAACGACAGGUGAUGAAGCCAUUGUAUGACAGGUAUCGCUUGGUCAAACAGAUCCUCUCCAGAGCCAGCACCAUCCCUAUUAUUGGUUCCCCCUCCAGCAAGCGGAGAAGCCCUUUGCUGCAGCCAAUUAUCGAGGGCGAAACAGCUUCCUUCUUCAAGGAAAUAAAGGAGGAAGAGGAGGGGUCUGAGGAGGACAGCAAUGUGAAGCCAGAUUUCACAAUCACCAUGAAAACAGAUUUCAGCGUGCGUAGCUUCUUGGAUCAGCUGGAAGAUGAUGCUGAUGGCUUUGUUUCCCCGGUGGAUGAUAAGAUGCCAUCUAGGAGCAAUCAGGAUAUGGGGCUUUCAAAUCUCCAUGAAGCAUCCAUCUCUGAACUGUUGGAGCAGCUCCAAGAAGUCAGGGAAGAGAAAAAGCGUAUCAGAAAAAAGUUGAGAGACUUCGAAGAUAAUUUUUUCCGACAAAAUGGAAGGAAUGUGCAGAAAGAAGACCGCACUCCCAUGGCUGAAGAGUACAAUGAAUACAAGCAGAUAAAGGCCAAGCUGAGGCUGCUGGAAGUCCUGAUCAGUAAAAGAGAUAUUAGCUCCAAGAUCAUGUAAGGAGGAGAUUGUUUUUGCCAAUAAACAAAGAGGAGAGAGCACCAAAUGGACAAAUGCAUGAAGUGGAUGCAGCAGGAGCUUGACUGGGGAGAGUUGAGGACCUCCCUGGGAACUUAAGGGCCAUUCCUGGAGGUGGGAGAGGGAGGAAAGGUGGAUUUCCGUCACUCUCUACACUCACCGUUGCCCACUCUUUCUCCAGGCCUGAUGCCCAAAAUGGAGUUUGCCAGCGUAGGAGACACGACACUGCUCAGUGACUGCACUGAAGGGAUCCUUCUGUAUUGAUUUGCUUACAGAUCCUGUAAUAUUUAGAAUAUCAAAGCCAGCCAUGCUGUUCUUUUUUCCCAGGAUUUCAUAGCAAGAGGCACAGUAGGAUGAAUAGUAAUGAAAUCAUCAAAUAGCUUCUACCUUCGUUUAACAGACAAGCGCCCUGACUGCUCUCAUGUGAACGUCAGGUAGCACCAAGACUGUUCUCUUGUAGCUACAGUAAAGAUUUGCUCAGACUUUUGACCUGACUGUUUGGAGUCCAGCAUCUUCUGUUGCUCUGGAGAAAUGCUCUAAGAAUCUCGUCACCAUCACCUAGAGCUGGUGUGAGUUGCAGUUUUGCCCAGGUUUGAGUUGGGUUUUCUUCCCACUUUUUUGAUGGCCAAUUCAACUGAAGUAGAAGGAAGUAUCUACAUCUGUUUGGGAUAGUAAAGAAAAUGAGCCAUG